AUGACGCCAUCAGAGGGCGCCGGAAGAGGGAGACGCGGAUUGGAGAUGGAGUCGGUCGUGGCUCAGUGCGGGCUGGUGCUGCUGCGGGACUCCGUGGAGUGGGAGGGGCGCAGUCUCUUGAAGGCGCUGAUCAAGAAGUCUGCACUGUGUGGGGAGCGGGUCCACAUCCUGGGCUGCGAAGUGAGCGAGGACGAGUUCCGUGAAGGUUUUGACGCCAGUGUCAACAGCCGGCUGAUUUACCAUGACGUCUUCAGAGACCCUCUCAACUGGUCUCAGUCUGGGGAGGCCCUUCCGGGGGGACCCCUGGGAGCCUUGCAAGCCAUGUGCAGGAGGACAGAUCGUGGUCCCGUCACCAUCGCUCUCGAUUCCCUGAGCUGGCUACUGCUGCACCUUCCCUGUCCCGCACUCUGCCAGGCCCUCUGUGCCCUCAGCCAGCAGCACUCCCGCCCUGGUGGCAGCUCCCCAGCAGAGCCCAUGCGAGUGCUCGGCCUGCUGCAUGAAGAGCUACAUGGCCCAGGCCCGCUGGGAGCCCUGAGCAGCCUGGCCCAGGCUGAAGUGAUCCUGAGUGGGACCAUGGGCCAGGCUUCAGCCCACAUCCUCUCUCGGAGGCCCCGACAGCACCCAGCCCGUCAGACCCAGUGGUUCUCCAUCCUGCCUGACUUCAGCCUGGACCUCCAGGGGGGACCCCCACUAGAGUCCCAGCCCCACCCAGAGCCUCACACACCCCCGGUGGACCCCAAAGCUCACGUGACCUUCAACCUGCACCUGUCCGAGAGCGAGCGAGCAGCCAAAGACAGCCUGACGUUGCCCUUCCAGUUCAGCUCUGAAAAACAGCAGGCUCUGCUGCGCCCUGGGCCCAGGCAGUCCACCGGCCGCAUCUUCUAUGAGCCAGAUGCAUACGACGACAACCUGGACCAGGAAGACCCAGAUGAUGAUCUGGAUGUCUGACUGGCCUGGAACUGGAAGAAGGAGAAAGACCUUGGACCCGUAACCAUCCUCGCAUUGUUUGCAUUGGCCUUGCCCUGUCCCUGUCCCCACCUUUGUUCCCCCAGUCGGCAGAGGCCCUGCCCUGUGACCUGUGAGUCAGAGAGUAGCUUCCCCUCAAGACAAAAGGUGGGAAAGGGGCAGUUGGGGAAGGUGAAGAGAAUGGGAACCCCUACCCUCCCUGCCUAAUAAAAUAUUUUUCUAUUGAAA